GUUAAAAGAUUGUGAUUUUCAUUGCUGGACUUCAGUUGUUGCUGUCAAGCUUUUGCACGAGGUGAUAUUUGUCUGAGGGGAUGGGCAGGGAUGAGGAUCUGUUCUUCGAGAGUGCGAUGAGACUGACCCUUGAGGCCGCACAGGUCAUGAGGAGUUCAAUCGUAGCUGAUAAAACAGUGAAGGAAAAACAGGGCGACUGGGAUCUGGUGACAGAAUAUGAUCGUGCAAUAGAGGACAUAAUCGUUGGAAAAUUAAAGCAACAAUUUCCCACGCACAAAUUCAUCGGGGAAGAAUCAACUGGGAAUGACAUUCCACAGUUGACAGAUGACCCCACCUGGAUCAUCGACCCAAUAGACGGUACCAUGAACUUCAUCCACGGCUUCCCUCACACCUGUAUCGUCAUUGGCCUGUCGAUCUCCAAAGAAAUGAGAAUUGGAAUAGUAUACAAUCCUAUUCUAGAACAGCUCUUCACUGCGCGGAAAGGGAGAGGAGCCUUUCUGAAUGGAAAACCUAUCAGGACCUCUAGGGUCAAUGAUAUCUCGAAAGCUAUGAUUUGCUUGGAGACAGGCUUCUUGAAAGUCAACAGCCUACGAAGUAGAAUGUUGGAGAGAAUCAAGAUGGUUUCGGCAAAAACUCAAGGCUUGAGAACCCUUGGCUCAGCUGCUAUAACCCUCUGCUACAUUGCUCUCGGGGUGGUCGAGGGCUAUCAAAUAGAGGGACCUGGAAUUUGCACUUGGGAUAUUGCAGCACCGUCCUUGAUUAUUUCCGAAGCCGGUGGACUUGUUGUCGAUCGUGUAACCGGGAAACUCGUGGACUUAAUGCAUCCACGAGCGAUUGGAGCGUGCAAUGAGAAAAUUGCAAUGGAGCUGAGGAAGAUUAUCAAUGAAGCGGAUGAGAGAAUAGAAGCCGAGGAGAAUUGACGAAUUAUAAUUUUUUAUAUUGAGAAAAUCAUUCGACUUGACGAUUAAAUAUUUGUAACGGUAUUUUAUCCCAGACAUUGGAAUUAGUAUUUUCUUGUAGAGAAGAAUGGAUCAGAAUAAUUUUCCUGUUUGGGAUUUU